AAUUGAAGUUAAUAAGAUAUACAGCAGUGGCGUGCAGUCAAAACAUCGAGGUGCCACAAGGUGGGAAGGUUGGUCGCUGCUCUCGCUAUUUCUCUCAAAAAUGGACACUGACGAUCUAAGAUCAUAUAGGUGGAAUAAUUCACAUUCAAACAGCAACAAGGGUGCUACCACUUCUCCUAAAAUUACAAGCAGCCUUUGGAAACAGCUGAGCGAGGAAUGUGACAGUGUUAAAACUCCUGGUUUACAUUCAUCAUGCUUGACUGAAAAUCUCUCUCCAUCGGAGAAGGAUGUUUCUUUUAAUAGUUCAUCAUCAGCAUCUCAUUCACAAGAUCUCUGGCAUACACAGCAAAGUCCUGCUUCUGGUCAGAGUGAUGUCACCUUCCAGGUUAUUCAUAGUGAUCCAUGGGAGACAUUGACUAAUCAAACAAAAGCUUCUCGUGAUCUGACAGAAUUAUCUAUAUCAAACUUGACUAGCAGUGCAUUUAGACAAUCAGACAUUGAUGUAAAUAGGAUUCCUAAGAUAGGUACUGAAGAAAAUACCUCCUCACUAUUCACGAAGGAUGUAAGAUAUGGCAAAUAUGAGCCUGGUGUAAUAGGUACUGAACUAAAUGAACCCACAAACCCAGCAAGUCAACUGUUUCCAUCACAUUCAUAUCCUCCAAGCAGUAUAUGGAAUGAAAAUACAGAAAUACCAACAAAUAGUUCCUUCCCAUUAUCUUCUUCACAAAAUGAGUCAUUUAAGCUGCAUAAUUCUUUAGCAUGGAAUAAUAUAAUGUCUUCAGUGCCUCAGAGAAGUGUGUUGCAUGAUAUUGGCAAUGUAAAUUACCCCUCAGUUGCUGCACCAGCUAGCGAUUUUACAUGUCAAAAACUACCUUCAUCAUAUAAUGCCUCAGCACCAGAGCUAUGUGACAGCCAGAGAACCAUAGCUUUUCACCCCCAGAAGCAACACACAGAUUUAGUUGCUUUAAUGCAAGAGCUGUCCAUGUUUUCUGAAACAAGGAAUGCUGGGCAACUGCCACAUGAUGGAAAUACAAUGCAUACAUAUUCACACCAAAAAUUUCCAGCCACAACCCAAGUGAAUUCCCUUAUUAAGGGAUGUGUAUUUUGUAAGAAUAAUAACUACCACUCCACCUUCUAUAGAUCCCAUACAUUAAAGGAUGAGCGUGGUCAUUGCCAGUGUCCUGUGUUGAGGCUUUAUGUUUGUCCUCUCUGCAAUGCUACUGGUGAUUUUGCCCACACACUUAAGUAUUGUCCACUAAAUACUGUGACUAAAGGUGAUCCAAUCUCUGCAGGUCUUCCACCUGGCAAAGUCACAAAUUGGAGGGAGGUGGCAAAAAGGAUGUUAGGAUAUUAUAGUGUAAAGCACUGAUAUUUUGCAAUGUGAUUGACACGUUAUUUACUGAAAUAUUUUAUAUCAUAUAUCAGGUAUUUUUUUUUAUAUUUUGGAUGUUAAUUAACCUUUGUUGUUAUUUAAGAACCUCAUUUUACCAAAGAAAGGCAUAAGGAAAAUUUUCAUAACCAGUUUUGUUGUCGAGUAUUUAUUUUAUGGAUGUGUCACUGUGUGUACAUAUAACAUUGAUUUAAAAAGUUUAUUAUACAGUUUAUGAUUAUUAAUAUCCAAUAUUAAACCCUGAAAAUUUGAAUAAUGAAAAUAUAUUGACUUGUAUUAUCAUGAUUAGAUAGAUAAAUAGUAAUUUGACUUUUAUUCCUGUUGAGGGGCUCCUAGAAGGUGUCUUAAAACCAUAGUUGUUAUAUAUAUAUUUAAAAAAAAGUAGUUAGUCAAAGAAGUGGAAUAUAUUUUUCUAAUAUUUGUAGUUGGAAAUGAUGGUUUAAUG